AUGCCCGUGUGGGAACAUGAGCAACCCGACCGACAGGGCUCUGAGAGCUCCGCCGGGAGCUGGAAGUCGCAAGAUACCGUGCGAAACACGGAGGCUUUGCGCCCAGAACAGCUACAACCGGCGUUUGACGGUCGCGACACCGAGCAGUUUCCCGGGUCAUUAAGCACUGAAAGAUCUGGCCCAGCAAGACCAGUCGGAGUCGGAAUAGAUUGGGGCUGGACCUGGAACUCCCCCGAAGUCUCCCCUACCGAAGAGCGCAAAGGCUCUGGGUUCAGUAACCAUCGCAAGGCUCUGGCAGUCCUUGGCGCAGGUGACGAUCCCAAGUCUUCUUCCUCUAGCUCACACCCUCCGCCGAUCCAGCCUCCCCGUCCCCACCCCGAAGAACCCGAUUCAAUCGCCCCUUGGGUCACGCCAGGUAGCUCCGAUGGCCCAGGUACAUUUUUGAAUUCGGCAUCUGAAUAUGAGCCCUCGCCCGCGUCGGCGACGUUUCGCCCGCCUACUGGGCGAACAUUCUCCAGUGAGCCCGCCGACAUGGAUUGGAACACGGAUCACCGCAGACCAUCAGCGACGAGCAUGACAAGCAGCACCGGCUCGAAAUCAAGUACCGGAGCGAGACUGUGGAAAAAGAAAUCCAAGGCGUCGGCAAGCGACGAAUGGCCUGUGCCAGACGAACCCGAAGAAGAUGCUUCUCACAGUUCUUUCAGUAAACGUGGGGGGCUCGUCGACAAGGUCAAAGCCCGCGAACGAGCCAAUUCGGACGGAUCAGAAGCGUCGCAGCGACAUGUCCGGACACGGGCCGGGACGCCGGCACCAUCGAGCGAAGUGACCCCGUGGCUGUAUCAAAAUGUGAACGAUAUUUCCCAGUACGGUGAAGCUCCCGUCCGCCAAGUUCCAACUGGCCCGGAUGGUCAACGUCUGGCAUCGACUGGUGGAAACGCUCGUGGAGUGACUCGGGAGCCAAGUCGAAGAACGGCAAAUGGACACCGCCACUCCAGAAGUAAAGAGGAAAAGCCUACUCUUGCAGGUGAUUUGGCUGGAUAUCAUGGCCGACCCGCGGGCGGGCGGGAUGACCUGGGACCUGGCCACAAGGCCUUCUAUGGUGGUGAACAGUACCUCAAUUCGUCCAGUGCGAUGAGCUCGCAAACCACCCUGGGUCGACCAACUAGCCCGACCCCGAGUCUUCAGAGCGCAGUUUACCGCGAGCAAGGUCAAAAUUCCCCCGGCAACCAGCACGAUAAACGUGGCUUGUUGACAAGAGUUCGGCACCUGCUGCCAGGUGGUCACAAGCCUCACGAUAAAUCCAAGCACGAUCACACUCUAAGACGCCAACCUAGUCUCGAAGGGAGCUCUUCGCGUCUCGAUACGGCGGACUCUGAUAAGAAAAAGGACGGUUCGAAGCGCAAACUGAAGGGGCGUUUCCCUAUUGGUGGAGAUGGCCAUGCUUCCAGGGAGACCGCAGCCCAGGAUGAAGAAGGGUCUCACGUCUUCAAGCUUGACACUAACCUGAAGGACUUGAAUGACAUCGUUCGCGCAGCUUCUCCAGGCCAGAUGAAACGGAUUACAGACGGCACGACUACACCCCGGGAAGACCCAGCAAGAGAGCAAGGCACUGGUUUCGACACAUGGUCUGCACCGGAGAGUUGGGCCGUCAAGAAAGAGAAAGAGCCACUUGUUGAAGCGGUUCCGCAGCCAACCAGUGCAGCAUACUUCAUUCGUAUCUUCCGCAUUGACUCGACAUUUGCGACCCUCUCCGCAGGCGUGAACGCCACAGUUGCCGAAAUAUUGUACAUGCUUGGCCGAAAGUCGUUCCUCCAGGAUCACCUCAAUAAUUACGAGAUUGUUUUGCGGAAGAAUGACUUGUCACGACAGCUGGACCACAAUGAGCGUCCGAUUCUGAUGCAAAAACGACUGCUGGAGCAAGUGGGAUACACCGAAAAAGAUCGCAUCGAAGACAUUGGCCGCGAGGACCACAGUUAUCUUUGCCGUUUCAUCUUCCUGCCAACAAAGCUCAGUGGCUAUACUAGUCUCGAGGGCGACCCUGGGUUCAGCAAGAUGUCGAAGUUCAGUCAUGUUGAUCUCCAAGGUCGAAGUUUGGUCACCAUUCCAAUCACCCUCUACAAGAAGUCCCUGGAGAUCAUCUCAUUGAAUCUAUCCAGAAAUCUCUCAUUGGACGUACCCAAAGACUUCAUCCAAGGCUGCACCAAUUUACGAGAGAUCAAGUACAUUGGCAAUGAAGCUCGGUAUCUCCCAGCGAGCUUCAGCAUGGCUUCUCGUCUCACUUAUCUGGACAUCUCUAACAACUGUCUGGAAGAUCUGGAACACGCACAACUAGACCGGCUGGUUGGUCUGGUCAGCAUAAAAAUGGCCAACAACCAAUUGACAAAAUUGCCCAGCUAUUUCGGAAACUUCCAAUACCUUAGGAGCUUGAACAUGUCUUCAAACGGCUUUAAGGAGUUUCCGGAAUUUCUGUGCCAACUGCGCAGUCUGGUCGACCUCGACAUCAGCUUUAACAGCAUCGAAGAGAUUCCUAAUAUCGGACAAUUGGUCACCCUCGAGCGUCUCUGGAUGACAAACAACAACAUCAGCGGCGCCCUCGAUGAAUCCUUCCGAGAAUUGGCGAAUUUGAAGGAAAUUGAUGGUCGAUUUAACGCGAUAACCAGCAUCGACAACAUCUCUAGGUUGCCUCGGCUGGAGCAAGUUUUCUUCGGACACAACCUUAUCUCUCGAUUUCGCGGCGCGUUCCCAAAGCUGCGGAAUUUCCACAUGGACCACAAUCCGCUAACUCAGUUCGACAUCGACUCUCCAAUGCCAACCCUCAGCUCGCUGAAUCUCGCGUCUGCAAAGAUUUCUCAAUUCCGUGACGCAAUGUUCGAGAAUUUGCCAAACGUUUCUAAGUUGAUUCUUGACAAAAACCACCUUUCCUCAAUUUCUGUGCAGAUUGGCAAGCUGCGUCGUCUCGAACAUUUUAGCAUCAUCAAAAAUCCUUUGGGGUCUUUGCCUACAUCGAUCGGAUGCCUAACGGAGCUCAAGGAGCUGAACGCGAGAGAAUGCAAUCUGAAGUUCCUACCUGACGAAAUCUGGCAUUGCGCAAAACUGGAGACCUUGAACGUUUCAACGAACCUCAUGACUACGUUCCCAAAACAUGGUGCGCCCCAGCCUUUAGUUCCCGGUGAACCCACAACCACUCCUAUGACAACUCCAGCCUUGACUGGAAACCCGACUUACGAGGAACUUGGCCCCCACGACGAGCCAGGCAAUUUACGUCGGCCUAGCCAGACAUCUGGUGGGUUGGGCGGCUCGAGCUCACCCCCUCAUGCUUCGUACCGCCAUCCAUCAAACACCCCGUCUACAGGUCAUACAGGUCCACGAAAGGUCUCUGCGGCAUCUCGAACUGCUACUGAUACGAGCUCUGGAUCUCGCAAGGACUCCAACUUCUCGCAACACGCAGCAACCGUGACAUUCGCGGGAUCCUUGCGGAACUUGUACUUGGCAGACAAUCAGCUGGACGACGACAUUUUCCGCGAAUUGGCGCGUCUCCCCGAGCUGCGCAUUGUGAAUCUCUCAUACAACGAGUUGACAGAGCUUCCGCAAGGCGUACUAAAAAGGUGGCCCUUGAUCUCAGAGCUUUACCUAUCAGGUAAUGAGCUCACGUCGCUUCCAUCUGACGAUUUAGAAGAAGGCAGCAAUUUAAAGGUGCUACAUAUCAACGGCAACCGCUUCCAAGUCUUACCCGCAGAGCUUUGCAAGGUCAGCAAGCUUUCUGUUCUCGAUGCUGGAAGCAACGCGUUGAAAUAUAAUGUGUCCAACUGGCCGUAUGACUGGAAUUGGAACUGGAACCGAAGUCUCAGAUACCUCAAUUUCUCGGGCAACAAACGGCUUGAGAUCAAGCCGAACAUCGGGACUAUUGGCCAGUCCACCGGCAGUGGUGCAGACCUGACUGACUUUUCCUCUCUAACACACCUUCGAGUAUUGGGUCUCAUGGAUGUCACGCUCACAAUCCCCACGAUUCCGGAUGAGCACGAAGAUCGUCGUGUGAGAACAUCAGCGUCCUUGGCCGGCUCACUUGCUUACGGAAUGGCUGAUACGCUGGGCCGAACCGAACAUCUUUCGAUCAUCGACAUGAUAGUUCCCCGCUUGAAGCCCGACAAUGUCGAGACUUUGGUGGGCAUGUUCGAUGGAUCAACGAUGUCCAGUGGAGGCUCUAGGGUCGCGAAGUAUCUUCACGAAAAUUUCACCCCUACUUUUUCGCGGGAACUCAAGAAACUUCAGAUCGAGCAAGAGGAGACCCCCCUCGAUGCUCUGCGCCGGACAUUCCUGUCUCUCAAUAAGAACAUGGCUGGACAUGCUUACCGUUCCAUUGAUGACCGGGAGCUCAGGCAGUACAAUCGCGGCUCUGCAGCGUCAAAACAGUUGUGUCGUGAUGACAUUCACGCCGGUGGAGUCGCCACUGUGCUGUACUUGAACAAUAUGGACUUGUACGCGGCCAACGUUGGUGACGCGCAAGCAAUUCUCGUCAAGCAGGAUGGCUCAUCUCGCCAGCUGACUCGUGUUCAUGACCCUGCCGAGCCCAGUGAACGAUCACGUAUUCGAUCUGCCGGUGGAUUUGUUGCUCGUAAUGGCAAAUUAAAUGAUGUUCUCACAGUUUCAAGGUGCUUCGGCCACUUUCCAAUGAUGCCUGCUGUGAUAGCUGCCCCAUCAACAUUGCACACCACUCUCACAGAGCAGGAUGAAAUGAUCAUCUUGGGAUCAAAGGAGUUAUGGGACUUUGUUACCCCGCAGCUGGUCGUUGAUGUGGCCAGAGACGUAUAUCCCAAUCUGAUGAUUGCGGCUCAGAAGCUCCGUGAUCUUGCAAUUUCUUUCGGUGCUACCAACAAGUUGAUGGUCAUGAUUCUGGGUGUCAGCGAACUUCAACGUCGGCAGAAGAAGUGGUCACGGCCCAGCAUGAAUCUGGAGCGCUCCACUUUUGCAGAUGACGGGAUCGUUCCCUCGACCAAGAUUCGACGAAGACCGCGCGACGUGCCGGCGGAUACUCGCCUUGCUCGCUUUGACUACGUGGAUGCCCCUAUUGGCGAACUAGCCAUCAUCUUCACAGACAUCAAAAAGUCAACCGGCUUGUGGGAGACCUGCCCGGAUGCUAUGCGCUCGGCAAUUUCCAUUCACAACGACAUUCUUCGCCGACAAUUGGGAAUUAUCGGUGGCUACGAGGUGAAGACAGAAGGUGAUGCUUUUAUGGUAGCCUUCUCUACUACGACUGCCGCUCUCCUCUGGUGCUUCAACUGCCAGAAUAGUCUAUUGGAAGCUGAAUGGCCGACUGAGAUCUUGGACCAGCCCCAGUGUGAGGUAGUCACGGAUGCAGAAGGAAACAUCAUCUCCCGUGGUCUAUCUGUGCGCAUGGGCGGCCACUGGGGCGAGCCUGUCUGCGAAAGAGAUCCCGUUACAAACCGCAUGGAUUACUUCGGCCCAAUGGUCAACCGAGCAUCUCGAAUUUCUGCUGUUGCCGACGGAGGACAGAUCUUCGUAUCCUCUGACUUUAUGAGUGAUAUUCAGCGAAAUCUGGAGAUCUUUGCUGAUGCGGAACGCUCCGCGUCUACCAGCUCGAAUGAGAGCCAUCCGCGAGUCGAUAGCCUGGGACAUAAUAUUCGCCGUGAAUUGAACCAGCUGAACAGUCAGGGCUUUGUGAUCAAGGAUCAAGGCGAGCGCAAGCUCAAGGGAUUGGAGAACCCCGAGCCACUAUACCUUGUUUAUCCUCACGCUCUAGCCGGCCGCCUGUCGAGCUUGGAAGAGGCUAAUAUCGAAAAGGAGGGACAGCCAGCGACGAUUGAAAAGACAUCUCAGCUCAAUUUGAACACUGAUGACAUCUGGCGUCUAUGGGAAGUGACUCUGCGCCUUGAAAGACUGUGUAGCGCUCUGGAAAACCCAACCGACAGAGGACUUCGAGAACCCAACGUCGCUUUGUUCAACAUGGUCAAGAAUCAUGGCGGUGAGCUCAACGACCCGACUGUGCUGAGUCUAAUCGAUCAGCAAGUCACUCGUAUCGAGGUCACCAUCAAUACUCUUGCCAUACGCAACCUGAUGCGUCCCUUCAAGCCAGGUGAUAAGCUUGAAGACCACGCCGCUCCCAUCGGUGACAUAUUCCAACAGCUGGCCACCCAGCUGGCCGAGUAUCGUGCUCUCCAAGAGCAGAUGGGCACCGGGGCUGCUGGCAUUCCCGGCGGGCCACCCGCUCCUCAUUACAGCGGCAUCACAAUGCACUCAAAUCUCAGCGGUGACAGUGCCCUCACGUCCGCUUCAUCCUCAUACCUCCACCUGGACAAUCCGCGUUCCUUUGAAUCACACAGCAACCGCUAA